UGUUGUUCGGAGUUGGACCUGUUAGAACCGAACCGGUUAAACGACGACCACUCCGAUUUGACCAAAAUGUCGCAAGAUGAGCAACAAAGGAGCGGCACUUUGACACUGACGCUAAUGGUUGCGUCUGCAGCCAUUGGAGGAACUCUUCAAUAUGGAUACAACCUGGCCAUCAUGAAUGCACCCACGACUUUCAUACAGACGUUCAUUAACGAGACCUUCGUGGAGCGCUGGGCUAUCCAGCUGGAAAGCUAUCAGGUGACUCUGGUGUGGACCAUCAUCGUGUCCAUCUUCUCGUUAGGCGGCCUUGGAGGGGCACUUAUAGCAGGGCCCAUGUCCAUUCGCUUUGGUAGGAAAAAAUGCCUGCUGCUUAACAAUAUUUUCCUGCUAAGCGGUGCCUUCUUGGCUUUGACAAGUAGAGCCGCAGGGUCUGUUGAGAUGAUCAUUCUGUCACGUGCCCUUGUUGGAAUUAAUUCAGGAAUCAGCAUGAACGUGCAACCUAUGUAUUUUGGAGAAAGCGCACCAAAGCAUCUCAGGGGAGCUGCGUCCUUGUCCUCUGCUGUUUUUACAGCCUUUGGAGUUGUGUUAGGACAAGUGGUGGGACUAAAAGAGAUUUUGGGCAGUGAGUGGUGUUGGCAGUAUCUUCUUGCCAGUAAUGCAAUUCCUGGCUUGAUUCAACUCCUUACCCUGCCUUGGUUCCCAGAGAGCCCCAGAUACUUACUCAUUGACAGGGGGGACAAGGAGGCCUGCAUCAAUGCUCUAAGGCGCCUGCGGGGCUGUGAGGUCCAGAGCAGCGAGCUGGCUGAGAUCUUGCAAGAACAAGCCGAAACCAAAGGCAUGAGGGCCAGCCAGCCUUGGGAGCUUUUCCAGGACCGCUCCGUGCGCUGGCAGCUCAUCACCGUCGUGGUCAUCAGCAGCGCCAUGCAGCUGUGUGGCAACGACUCGAUCUACUUCUAUGCAGCUUAUGUUUUUAAAGAGGCUGGGAUAUCGAACGAUCAAAUCCAGUAUGUCACAAUCGGCACUGGCACUUGCGAAUUCACAGCCUGCAUUAUAUGUAACCUGCUGAUCGAGCGCAAAGGUCGGAGGUUCCUGCUGAUGGGAGGCUUCAUCUUCAUGACCAUCUGGGCUAUUGUCUUCACUAUUGCGUUGUCUUUUGAGCACUUAGUAUCUUGGAUGCCUUACCUGAGCAUGGGCUGCAUCUUCACCUACAUUCUCAGCUUUGGAAUGGGACCAGCUGGUGUAACUGGAAUCCUGCCCACCGAGAUUUUCAAUCAAACUGCUCGGCCGGCAGCCUACAUGAUCGCUGGCUCCAUGAUGUGGUUGAACCUCUUCAUCGUGGGGAUGAUCUUUCCAUUUCUAGUGAAUGAGAUGCGCCAGUAUUGUUUUGUGCCUUUUGGAACAGUGUGUCUGCUCUCUGCACUGUAUGUCGGCCUGGUCCUGCCAGAGACCAAGGGCAAAUCAUUAUCAGCCAUCACUGGUGAAUUCCACAAGCUCAACUUCAAAAACAAGCAAAAGACGUACAGCCCUCGGAGUCAGUAUCAGCUAGGCGAAGUGUGUACGUCCACGUCCUUGUAGAAGCCUGUUGUCAAAGCAGCCAACUUUGGUCGAUAGAGCUCUUUUAUAUUUUCACUUAAGUGCGCUUUCAUUUUUAAUUGAAAUUCCACAAAUAUUCUGUGUUCAGCUAAUUCCAAAGCAGAAAUAGAUAUUUGUGUGUGUGUGUGCAUAUGUAAAUAUACCAUUAUAUUACAGGACAGUAUAUGGAAGUGUGGAAGAUAGGCCUUAUCAUGUAAAACUGUUUUUUUUUUGUUUUUGUUUUUGUUUUUUUCAAAAAUGUGUAGCACAGAUUUUAAAUUAGAAUGAUUUAAUAAUACAAGACCAACCAAAAAUUUCACAUACAUACAUAGUGAAAUAUUGAUUCUUUCAUCUAUGCUCAAUAAUCACAGAUUUGCUUUUGUGGAAAAUCUGGGCAUGAUAAAUUAACAAAGGAAAACUGUUCUAUGAAUUCCAACAAGUUGAACAGCUACCUAGUGGAAGAACAUUUUAUGGUUUACUGUAUGUUCUUGUCACUAUGCAGAAUGUUACUGACUUCAAACAAAGAUAUAGAAUGCAGUAUACUGUAAUUUAAAUGAAAUCAGCUUUUUUAACUAUUAUUUAGAUGCAGAAUCCCAAAGUGAUCUCAGUUUCUUCAGGUUUUUGAACUUUAGAUCGCCAUUUUCUUUUAAAUAUAAAGUAUAUUGUACACUGUCCUUAUGUCGAUUCGAGGUCGACCGAUAUGGGAUUUUUAAAAUGCUGGUGCUGAUACCAAUAUGAAAAAAGAAAUUCAGCCGAUUGCUGAUAUCCAUUGCCGAUUUUGUAAGCUGAUAUUUGUGGCCGAUAUACUUUUUUUUUUUUAAGCACAUAGAUUAUAAAAGGCUUUUUUAAAUUGUUUCAACAGCUUCAAAUUUACAAAUAUGACCUGGGACUCAAAGGAUUAACUCGGUCUAUUGCUACCAAACCAACUAACUCGCCACGUCUUUUUAUGAUUAUACACACUCGGCAAGAACAGUACAUCAUUUUCAAAUAAUUAAACCCACCAGGAAGUCACGAUGAAAUGUAAACAAGUGAGAGUUUAAAGUGCCUAUGACAGCAUAAAAAAAUCUUUAAUAGCAUUAGUAUGUCAAUUACAAUCAUAUUUUGAGACGAUUCGACUAUGUACAACAAUUUGGCAAAGCGCAGAUGACGAGAAAUUAGUCUUUUAAUCUGCCGUUUAGCCCCGCCUGUUAUUAUAGCGCUCUAGGGUCCCCAGCUAGAGGAUGACAUCGGCUGGGUCACGAUUUCAGUCGACUUCUUGUACCUCACGAGAGGAAUUUUAUGCCACCAAGUUAUUCAGGCAUAUGUCAUUUCCCUGCCCUGGCUUCGGAGACUGAGGAAAGAGCAUAAACAAAGCUGGAGGCGUGAUAGCUAGCCGACAUGCUAACCCGAACAGAGUGGCGUUUUCAAGUUUUUUUCUGCGGCGGGCAGGCAGUGAUUGUCGCCGGGGAGAGAAAGGGAAACUCCAAAAGUGAAAAAUCACACAAAACUACCCCAACUCACACAUGGCGGCGGGAUUGAUUGUUGGGCUGGCGUGAUGGGAAAAAUGAAAGAAUUAAUCCGCAAAAUCAGCUGAAUCCGCAGUCCAUCUGCAUGCUAUAAAGCAAUGGCUAUGUUGUGAGAUGCUGACCCGGGUGACGUCAGAUUCACAUUCUUCCUAAAGCAGAGAUUGGAGGCGGAAGUCACUUAUUUUCAUGGCGCGGGAUUCAACAAUUGAAUAAACAAAACGAUCGCUUCCACACACAUCCAAGCGGUCCAUUGCAUUCAGGAGCAUAAAAUACCGCAUGAAAUAUGAAAUAAACAUGCUUUUUGCUGUCAUAGGCACUUUUUUAAGAGAAUGCUCGCCAUGCUAAAGCUAAUACUAACACGCAUGUUACAAGUUACAUUUAGAGUGUAAGGAUCACUCAGUAAACACCUUAAAAGGCUGAAGCAACAUUGCAUAUUCUCUCAUGCAAGAUUAAUUUUUUUUUACUAUAUUUACAAAACAGGCGAGACUGGCGCUUCCUGUAGCUGCUUGCCUUCAAGCGUCAGCAGGAAGGGCCCAAAUACACCAGAUGCAUGAUCGUUGCGGUUCCGGUCCGACUCCGGUAAAAAAUAGCGCCGGAGCCAAUCCGUUCCCAUUAUAUCCUAUUGUUCAACGUAUACCGGCCGCAUCAGUGCUCUGGAUUGACUGCGAACCACCUCCGGCAUGCCGCAUGCCCCUCAGAUGGUAUAGGCUAUUUUCUAUUUCUGCCGGACACGCAUCCAACAAAAUGGGCGGAGCUGGGCCUGGACGUAACAGCCCAGUUGCUUAUUCACGUUUUAAACACCAGCACACAUCGACGAAGACUGUUUCAUCAUGGAGGUGGAAAGUCACAAAGUGAUAUACGAUGCAGCAGAUUGUUAUUAUAAGGACAGCAUUAAAAGGGAAGCUGCAAGGUGUCCUAUUAUGUGUGUUUUUCUGGCAUUGAUAUCAAACACACGAGGUGCUGACAACUUUGAGCAGGAAAAAAAAAAAGCAGCGCAUCUGAAAGUGGCUCCACUGCAGAAAUUCUCGUGCCCGGUGCACACACAAUGUCAGUUUGUAUACAGAGUCGAGGGGGAAAAGUACGAAAGAGAAUAAAGAGACACCCACAAGUUUCGAGCUGGUGGUCUAUUCAAGACGUUUCUCUUUCUUUCCUACAUUUUACUUGACUUUUCAUUGAAAAACCAACAGUUUGCGCUGGGCACAGGAAUCUGCAGUGUUGAGACACCAAUUCCAAGUACACUGUUUUUUAGUUCGUGUGGUAUAUAACUCGCUCUCCAUUUUAUAAAUAUUACAGAAUAUUUAACAGUUGUUUAUAACAGCUCUAUGAGAUGUUAUGUGCCAUAAAUUUUAAAUGUGCACAAAGAUAUAAACCCACCGACACAACCAAGGGCAUAAUAGGGCCCCGCCCCCCUACCCCCCACACACGGAGCCCUGAUCUUAACAUGAUGCAGUCACUCUGGAAUUAAGAGACAGACAUGACUAAAAUAUCAAUAUCCACAGAAAAAAUGCGCUUUCUCUCUGCUUCUCUGAUGAGUAUAGACUCUGUGUGUUUUUCGUUGUUUUAAAUGGCACAUUAUAGCGCGCGAUCACGCGAGCGCUCACGAGGGAACGGAGUUGGCGGACGGCAGCCGUGCGCAGCCGGUAUGAUUUGCCUGUUUUUGACGUACUGCGUGGCACGCGGUCAACACUGAACCGGACCGGAACCGCAACGAUCAUGCAUCUGGUGUAUUUGGGCCCUAAGUCUGUCACAACCCAAUGUGAGUACCGACAGGAUGUGAGUGGCGCAUGUGUAGUAUAUGCACAAGCUAAACGUGUAUGAGUUGAUUUGCGACCUUUUAACAACAGUUUGGGUUAUAUGAUGUGUUUCGCGGGGUUUUAAUUUUUAAAUGUUUUUUAUUAUUGAUAAUAAUACUAGGACUAAUAAUAAUGGCUGUAUUUUGAGUUAUUUUGAGGGGCACAAUGAAUGUACGCAGUUGUACACUGACUACUUUUACUUUUUUUAGAGUCAUAUCUUCAGUGUGGUCCCAUGAAAAGAUAUAACAAAAUACCUUUAAGGGUGUACUCAAUUGUUUUUUUGUUUUUUUUCGAAAACAUGUUCAUAAUCUCACAUAUGCAAACACAAUUUAAUAGACUCAGAUCCUGUCGAUACUCACAUUGCGUCGCGACAGGGUCCUUCCGUGGUCCUACCGUUAGUCAGUGUUGGCCACAGUUGCCCACACAGAUGCCUGAUCAAAAUCCUUUUUUAUCUUUUUUUUGUUUGUUUGUUUGUUUUGUUUUGUUUGUUGUUAAUCGGCCGAUGUUGGAAAAAAGUCCAUGUAUUGGCCGGACGAUAUAUCGGUUGAACUCUGAUGUCAAGGCCUUCUUAAAAUUAUCUCCAAAGUUUUGUUGUUGUGUUUUUCAAUGGAAAAAAAUGGAACCAUUUGUUUAAAAUAGAAAUAAAUAGACUUGGGCAAUUAUUUUAAGAAGGUAACUAUAUUUACUGGUUUAAUUUAAAAAAAGUCAAAUGGAAAUAAGAAAAAACUGGUGUGACUGCAAUAUCUAUGCAACGCUAUCAUAUCUCUGUAUAGAAUAUGGCUUAUUGUGCCCUAUGUAGUAACAACAUAGAAAUAAGUUAAGUCAUGGAGAGAAAGAAAGUGCUUAGUAUAAUAACUUUUGGGCCAUUUAGAACAAUUGGAUUAUAUCCAAACCGUGUGGACCAUCCAAAAUUGCAUAGACUUUACGAAUGUCCAAACACCAUCAGUUCAAAUAUGACUGAAGAUUAUAAACUUCUGUUUGCACCUAAUUUAAUGUUUAUUUAUGUGGUGAUUUUCUCUUUGUUAAA